UCACCGCCUUCUCUGAUGCAUCUUGGGCAUCAGAACCAGAGGACAUGACAAGUGUGGAAGGCUUCAUCUGCUGUGUUGGUGGAGGGCCAACAGCUUGGGAGAGCAAGAAGCAAGUGGACCAAGCAUUGAGCUCGGUGGAGUCCGAGUACAUGGCACUCUUCCGUGCCAUAAGAGAGGUUGUGUGGCAGCGGCGGUUGCUAGCUGAAUUGGGGGAGGAGCAGCAAGGACCUACCCCACUCUACUGUGAUAGCCAAGGUGCUAUUGCAUUGGCUAAGAACCCCGUUCUUCAUGGCCUUACCAAGCACAUGAAGGUGAAGUGGCAUUGGGUGAGGAGCAUGGUAACCGCGGGUGAAGUGGAGUUGCACUACGUGAAGACGACGGCGCAACCAGCUGAAAUGAUGACCAAUAGGCUGGUUGAUCAGCAGCAUUGGAAGUGUUGCAAGCUUGCUGGGAUGGCUCUGAACUAAGGGGAGCAGAUUCUAAGGCCAACAAUCCGAGGGGGAGUUUGUUGGUGCAACCCUAUGG